AUGUCGUCUAAGCCGAAACAAGAUUUACCGGCAGAAGAAGAAACAGACGAAGACUUCAUGACGAGAAUAACUCAACCUAGAAUAUGGACGGUCUUCAAAUCAGAAUUCAUUUUUCAAGUAUUUGUUGAAGAGCGAUUCGACGAAGUCUUGGAUAUGUUUAAAAAUAAUUAUAUUUACGAAGAAUCACUAUGCAAUAGUAACACAUUGUCAUCAGAUCAAGAUUCAGUUGAUCAAUUUUUAUAUUUGAUCAAACAUUGGAUUUCGGAUACUCUAUCAUCAAUCGUAAUUGAAAAAAGCUCCGGGAAAUGUAUUGGAAUAAUUGUCUGCAGAUUUUGUUCGAUUGAAGAUAAUUCAUUAGAGUUUAGCAGAUUGAGAUUGUACGAAGGAGAAAAAUGGAAUAUAAUACAGAAUUUCAAAAACUACUUGAGCCAAAAAGUUGACAUUUACAAAUAUUACAAAACUGUAGCAUUCUUCAGAGUUUACGCUUGGUUUAUUCUUCCACAGUAUAGAGGUCAAGGACUGGGUAAAAAACUGUUGGAGUGCGUAAUCAAUCAGCAGUUACCCGAGAUGGUGCAUCUGGGAUGCAACGUCAUAUCAGGAAUAUUCACCAACAAAAAGAGUCAAGAAAUAGCGAAUUCUUUGGGUCUGAAAACUUUGUACGAGGCUAAUUACCCCGAGUGGGCUAAUCAAAAUAACGUCGUGUUGAAUAAAAAAGUGAAAGCCGAAAAUACAACAGCCAGUGUGAUGGCUUGUCAAAUAAAUCAGAAACAAACUCUGCAGUCGUAA